AUGUGGCAGGACAUUGAGAGCGUCCUGCUGGGCGACAUGGCGCCUGGCUUCAGCCCCGAGCCCCGCGGCCCGAGCCCUCUUCCCCCUCGGCGACCGACCCUGCCUCCGCCCUCGGCUCCGGGCCCCGGAUACCACCACGGCGGUGGAGGCGGCGGUGGUCCCGGUCAGCACCACCUCGCCGGCGCGGCCGCCUUCACGGCGCCGCCUCGUCCCGAUCUCCUCGAAGACCUCGGUCUCACCGUGGCCGACUCGAAGCACCCCUACGGCUGCGGAGGCACCGACUCCCCUUCGUCGUCCAUACCACCGCCGCCCGCCUACCCGUGGUGCGGAUCCGUGCCGGACUCGUCUCGCUACGGUCCUCCGUGCGGCAACCCGCUCAGGCCACCGCCCGCGAUCGGGGCGUGCUUCGGGCAGGGUAGGGUGCCGACGCCGCCUCCGUCCCCGCUCCAGCACGACGGACUAGUGGUGCCUCCUUCCGCACUCUACCCCGGUCCCAGUGUGGUGCCCGUCGCGCCCGCGGCGCCCAAGCCCCGCCGGGGCCGCCGGUCGCGCGGUCCCAAGAAGGUGACCGUGCACACCUGUUCCUACCCCGGAUGCUCGAAGACGUACUCCAAGAGCUCGCACCUCAAGGCGCACCUGCGCACUCACACGGGCGAGAAGCCUUACCAGUGCAACUGGAAGGGUUGCGGCUGGAAGUUUGCUCGCUCGGAUGAACUGACGCGCCACUACCGCAAGCACACGGGCGACCGGCCCUUCCAGUGCCGGCUGUGCGACAGGGCCUUCUCCCGGUCGGACCUCUCGCUGCACAUGAAGAGGCACGCCGAGGUGCUCUGA